CGAUAUAGGAAUGCCAAAGCCCCUCAUAAACCCUCUAUAUUCUAUGGUUCCUUUCCUCUAAUCCAUCAAUGGCUACACUGAGAUACCUCAUCUCCAGAGCCGCUUCAAAGAACCUCUCUCCCUCCCUGCAUUUCCAGACCCGGUUCUUAACAACUCUAAGCCAAUUCACCUCCCCGCAUCAUCGGAAUCCCAGGAGCUCUUCAUCCGCCAGGAGUUACAGUCAGGACUCUGAUCAGUCUAUUGCCGCCUCUUUAAAUGUCGAUCACCGCAUCCCAGCUACCAUUAUUACUGGAUUUCUAGGCUCCGGAAAGACAACGCUUCUGAAUUAUAUUUUGGCAUCUCAACAUGGGAGACGAAUUGCUGUGAUUGAGAAUGAGUUUGGAGAGGUAGACAUUGAUGGCUCGUUAGUUGCUAGUCAUUCAUCAUCGAAUGAGGACAUUGUCAUGGUGAAUAAUGGCUGUCUAUGCUGCACUGUACGUGGAGAUCUUGUGAAAUUGCUUUUGGAGUUGGUCAAGACAAAACGAGACCAAUUUGAUCAUAUAGUGAUUGAGACCACAGGUCUCGCUAAGCCAGGCCCUGUCAUAGAAACAUUUUGCUCUGAUGAAUUGGUUUCAAGACGCGUGAAACUUGAUGGAGUUGUUACUCUAGUCGACUCCAAACACGCCAUGCAGCAUUUACUUGAGAUUAAACCCAGAUUUGUAGUGAAUGAAGCUGUGGAACAAGUUGCUUAUGCAGAUCGUAUUAUCUUGAACAAGAUAGAUUUGGUUUCUGAGGCUGACUUGACGGCAUUGACUAAGGAAAUUAAGCAUAUCAAUGGGAUGGCACAGAUAAAGAGAGCUAAAUUUGGGGUGGUGGAUAUGGAUUUUGUUUUGGGAGUUGGAGGCUAUGAUCUUGAUAGAAUUGAUUCAGAAGUUCACCCAGAAGGAUCUCAUUGCAAGCAUCACCAUGAAGAUGAACAUGAACAUCACAAAGGGAACCAUCAUGAUCAUGUGCAUGAUUCGGCGGUCAACAGUGUCAGCAUCGUUUCCGAGGGAACCUUAGACUUAGAUGAGGUUGAUGAUUGGCUCGAAAGACUUGUAGAGGAAAAAGGUGAAGAUCUAUACAGGAUGAAAGGGAUUUUAUCUGUGAGUGGUUCUGAACAGCGAUAUGUAUUUCAGGGUGUGCAUUCUGUUUUAGAAGGCUGCCCAGGCAAGAGUUGGGAACCAGAAGAGAAAAGAAUAAACAAGCUUGUCUUUAUAGGCAGAAACCUUGAUGAAACUGCACUAAGGAAAGGUUUCAAUGGAUGUUUAGCGUGAGCCCAAGGUAUCACGUAAAUUUGUGAAGAAAGGUGAUUGAGCACAGCCUAAAGAUGGAAGAAUUAACACUUAUUGUAAUG